UCGAGCUAUCGGCGAUCCGUGUGAGCGCGACAUUCAGAGCAGAGGCACGGAGCGAUCCGCCUUAAUUGAGUCCACAAAGGGAGGGAGCCAAGCCCGCAGCGGACGCGCUCGUGCUGUCGAGUGCGACUACAAAGAGAGGCUGUUGCCCGAAACGUCGUUUAUCAUAUAUCUUGUUUCCUUUUAAGGCGGUGUUAUCGACGAGCGAGUGGUGUUUUUUUUUUGCGUGACUCGAGUACGGCAGGAGGUGUGACAUCUCGCACGCACGACGGCCACACGGUAACCGCUGGGAGCAUCAUCAUUGUUCCUCCACCCGCACGCACGCACGGCGUGCACGGCACGACACCUCGCACGGCAGCUCUCGCGGAGAGCCACUCGUCCAGCGCGCCUCGAGUCGCCGUCCCAGCGAGGAGGAGGAGGAGGCACAGCGAGACGCACGCGGAGGAGACGGCACCACGACGAUGUCGUCUCGCGUCCACUCGGCUCUCUCGCCGCCGCUGUCUUGCCUGGGCUACGGGCAGCAUCAGCUGCUGCUGCAUCGUCAGCUGCUGCUCCUGCUACUGCUGCCGGCACUGCUGCUGUUGGGGGGCUCCGGCGUGACCGCUGCCGGGGAUGCCGCGGGCUCGGCGCGGACUUGCGGGGCGGUGCGCCAAGCGUACGCGGCGCGGGGGCUCCCUGCCAGGGGGGUCCCUUCCCACGAGAUGGCGGGUGAGCACCUCAAGGUGUGCCCGGCGCGCUACACCUGCUGCUCGAGCGAGAUGGAGGAGAAGCUGUCGCGCGCCGGCCGCUCUGAGACGGAGGCCCGCGUGGAGGAGGCAGGCCGCCUCCUCUCCGCCAACUUCAGCGCUCGCCACCACAAGUUUGACGAGUUUUUCAAGGAGCUGCUGGAGAACUCUGAGCGCUCGCUGCACUCCAUGUUCUCCCGCACGUACGGCAUCCUCUACGUCAAGCACCUGCACCUCUUCUCCGACCUCUUCAAGGACCUGCGGCGCUACUACGAGGGCGCCGGCGCCAACCUGCAGGAGUCGCUCACCGAGUUCUGGUCGCGCCUGCUCGAGCGGAUAUUCGCGCUGCUGCACCCGCACUACGAGCUCUCCGAGUCGUACCUCGAGUGCGUGAGCAAGAACUCGGACGAGCUGCGUCCCUUCGGCGACGUCCCCCGCAAGUUGCGGCCCCAGCUGACGCGCGCCCUGGUGGCGGCACGCGCCUUCACGCAGGGCCUGGCCCUGGCCCGCGACACGGCCGCUCGCAUCGCCAAGGUGUCUCUGUCCUCGGAGUGCGUCCGAGCCCUCACCAAGAUGUGGUUCUGCCCCUACUGCCGCGGGGCGCCGCAGCUCAAGCCCUGCCGCAACUACUGCCUCAACGUCAUGAAGGGCUGCCUCGCCAACCAGGCCGACCUCAACGUCGAGUGGAACAACUUCAUCGAUGCCAUGCAGCUGGUGGCCGACCGUCUGGAGGGGCCUUUCAACAUCGAGGCGGUGGUCGACCCCAUAGACGUCAAGAUCUCAGAGGCCAUCAUGAACAUGCAGGAGAAUGCAGUGCAGAUCACCACCCAGGUGUUUGCGGGCUGCGGGCAGCCGAAGGUGAGCGCGGCCGGAGGGGGCGCUCGAGACGACGGGCCGGGCUCGCGGAGAGCGGCCCGUGGCACGGGGGACGCGCCGAGCCACCGCUUCCGAGGGUACAACCGGGACGCGCCGCGCCCCACCACCGCCGCCGGCACCAGCCUGGACCGCCUGAGGAACAAGUGGAGAGAAUUCCAGCAAGGCGUGGUGGACGUGAAGGAGCGGCUGCGGCAGGCCAGGUCGUUCUGGGCGACGCUCCCCUUUGCCGUGUGCUCGGAGGAGCACGCCGCCGGCCUCGUCGACGACAAGUGCUGGAACGGACAGAUGCGCGGGCGCUACCUGCCGGACGUGAUGAUGGACGGGCUGGCGAACCAGAUCAACAACCCGGAGGUGGAGGUGGACAUCACGAGGCCGUCGGCGCUGGUGCGGCAGCACAUCAUGGCGCUGCGCGUCGCGACCAACCGACUCAGGAACGCCUACAGCGGCAACGACGUCGACUUCCAGGACAACGGCGAUGACAGCAGCGGCUCUGGAAGCGGCUGCAUGGAGGAGCCAUGCUCGCCAGACUUCGAGUCGUCGGGAACCGAGAGCCCGGGCUCUCAGAAGAAUGUUCCUCGCCUCUCAUCGUCAUCGUCGUCAUCGUCAGCGGCGGGAGCGGCGGCGACGAUGGCGACGACCCUGUUGACGUUAUCGCCGAGCGGCCGGCUUCUCGCGCUGCUCUUGCCGCCCGUGGCCGCCUGGCUCUGUGCAAGGGGAUGAAGGAAUAAGAUAUAAGGGUGCUGUGCGUGCAUGCGCGCAUGCGCAUGUGUGUGUGCGUGUGCGCGUGGGUGCGUGUGGAUUGUAAGUACAGGCAAGGUGGGUGUUUAUAUGUCUUGUAACAUACAUUGUUGCCAAUUAUGUAUUGCCACUUUUCUUGAUCAACAACAUUAAUAAUGUCUUUAUUCGCCCGGGAAAACGUCGCCGUGUCCCACGACUAGUUUUCAAGAGGGCCCUGCUUAGGAUAAUUGGCAUAUUCCUAAUUUGAGCAUCUUCCCGGCGAAACCAGAGUGCUUGGAGAAAACCCAGCAUUCGAGGGGGUAGCAUCGAUUAUUAGUUUCUAACAGAGACGUGGUUGCCACUGGUGAUUGCGGAUUAAAACUUAAAGUACGCGACGUAGAGUGAAACGGACGACACACACUGCUUGCUCCGGUCACGGAGCUUGCAGGUUCAAGACGUCGCAAAUCAUAAUGGGCAGCAUCUGGGGAAUUGUAAAAUGUAAUAUUUGCCACAAUUGAACUCGAUAUGCAGGACAGAAUGUACCCUCCAGUCAAUUCCAAGCCAUUUGAGACUGUGGUGCUCUCAAGCGGUGUGGGGAAAUUGGGUCAAGAACAAGUUGGUAUUUUAAUAAAAAAGGCUCACUUUUUAUAAACUGUAUCAUUAUUUAGCUUACGCUAUGCAGAGCUGUUGUGCCGUUUUAAAAGUUAAUGUUUUAAGAGACCUUUACUUUAAUCGGUCUCUUUUGUCGGUACGAUGUCGUUUCAUUGUGAUUCCAAAAGUAAUGUUAUUGUGCUGUUGGCCUGGAAAUGAACAAAAAGUAUACAAGCAGGUGUAUCACAUGAGCUGUGGAUAUCGCGAAUGUUGACCUGGAAAUGAACAAAAAGUAUACAAGCAGGUGUAUCACAUGAGCUGUGGAUAUCGCGAAUGUUGACCUGGAAAUGAACAAAAAGUAUACAAGCAGGUGUAUCACAUGAGCUGUGGAUAUCGCGAAUGUUGACCUGGAAAUGAACAAAAAGUAUACAAGCAGGUGUAUCACAUGAGCUGUGGAUAUCGCGAAUGAUCAGGUAUAGACCAAGGAAACAAACAAAAACCCCCGAGGAAAUGUCUGAUCAAUGUAUAGUAUUGUGUUUUCAUGUUCGAACACCGAGUGCUUUGGCACGUGGGAGACAUAAGCCCUGCAGAUUUUUGUUUGUUACUUAAAUAUAUGAUGUGGAAUCUUCGUUGUAUGUUGCUCACUCGUAAUGAGCAAGAGAAGUCGUUAAGCAAGAAGGAGUUCUGCUACCCAUGUGAGGAUGAUUAAAUAGGACGUCACGUGGUCAUUGAAAAUAUUAUUUUCAUUUGGGAAAGAAUGUUGGUAUUACAAUCUCUCAAACGCUAUAAGACAGUGAUCGCUCUUUUCAAUUUGUUUGCAUUUUGGACAAAACAGUUUUCCUAUUUUAAAUUGCGAAUAAUCAAUACAAGUAGGUUUUUUUUUGUGACCCAAUUUAGAACCAGCUCAUGACUUCAAUCUUAACGAGAUCACGAAUUGUAACUCUGCUCUUAUACUUCCACACAGCAUGUGCAGGCGAGAGAAGAACACAUAACUGGAAUGGGAUUGCAGCGGCUUCAUUUGAAUUUAUAAACGCCAGUUGGGAUUUCAAAGACUUCUUCUUAGGCGAGCUUUCUAUUCAAAGUUUAACACUAUCAUCAUGCAUUCAAAAGAUAUAAUUCUUACCGUCAUGGAAUCCUUUCAUCAAAGUGUCUCUCUGGUUAAGUGAACAUGGGAUGGCACGUGUUGACUCGAACAGCUAGUGGUGAGAAAUUCCAUCACUAUGUCGGGGCUCGCCCUUUGAUAGAACAACCACUGUCAACUUCCCACAGUGAUACGCAUUUUAAUCAUCCAUAGAGGAAGUAUGACCAAUUAACUGUCCCAAUCCACAACUGGGUUUGAAACUCACGACCUUGUGAGUUUAGCGCUCUAACCACACUGUGUAACUUGGCGGACACAAAAUUUCGAAGAGACGAGCGAUUUAUGAACUCCAGAAUUUGACGAUUGUAAGCAAAAAAUUCAGGGUAGUCUGUUAAUAGCGAUUCCCAGGCAAAAUGGCGUGAGGCUGACGUCAGUGUGUAAAUUUGCCAUGUGGCUGUGUGGAUGAUUGAUCUUAAUGUUUUAAUUGAGUAUUUAUAAGUGGGGCACAGUAAUGUUUGUUGUUAGCAAGGCAGGCAUGUUGAUAACGAGUACCAGGGGCCUAAUUUAUGUCCCUGCUGAAAAGUUGUCUCUGCCAAUGUUUUUCAGAAAAAAAAAACCCAAAAAGGUUUCCACAAACUUUGCCAUUUUUCCACUGAAAAUUGGUAGACGAAGUGGUUCCUAUUGAUCCACCAACACUGACACUGGGCCUUUGGUUAAAUAUAAGCAUUAGUUAUUGAGGUGCAGGUUUUUCUUUCUUUCAUUUCAUAAUCUGAGACUAGUACAAGGGACUAUUAUACCAACAGCAUUAUACCAACAGCAUUAUAACAACAAAAUGUCUGCCACCAAAAUGCCCCUGUUGAAAUAUGUUUGCACCUUGCUGAACACGUGCUUGUAACUUAAUAUUUUUUUAUUGAUUACGAUUUUUUUUAUUGUCCCUACACAAAUCACUUCCCCAUUUAAUCAUUUCGUAAAUUGUUAGUUUCUUAACACUCUAUCUUAUGAACACUGGCUGGGCAUAAUUAAUGUGUCCUGACUGUCGCACUUAUUACUGGCUUCUUAAAAACGUUAUUUCUUUAUAUUUAACCAGGUGAGAGUGCAUUGCUACAGCAAUGCUUUUCGUAAGGAAAGACAUAAUAUUCGAGGAUAUGUUUUUACAUCACUGAAAGUCGGUGUUUUCUUUUCAUAUGGUGUUCGUUGGGGCCACGGCACCCAUAUAACAUCGGCCAAUUUUUGCAAAUGAAACCACAGGGUGACUAACGUCCAGCCUCAAAGUGGACGGUGCACUUUGAUACGAAAAAAAACCACACAUAUAUAUACCAACCUAGCAAACACACAGUAUUUGGUCUCUUAUGAGACCACCUGUGCUGGAGGACAUGUGGAGAGUGAAUGUGGGGAUCACCACAGGGCAGCUGUUGUUUCGUAUUGUUUAGACAAGCACAACGCAGAACAUGCAGUUCCCGUUUUUUAAAACAAAUAUUUCUUUCGAUUUUUUCGGAGCCCUGCAUGAAUUAUAAAUGUAUCACAAUAGCGAAAGAAACGUGCUUUGCAGAACAGAAAGUACAUUGCAGAAGUCGCAUUUGUAAAUCAGACAAGUAUUGGGAGAAUUAAUCUAGGGGUGUAGAGUGUGUGUUUGGAGUGUGUGUACGGGUUUGGAUUAAGGUAGGCGUGACAUUUAUUCAGCUCUUUAGUCAUACAACCAUAAGGCAAUAUUUGGCUUCAUAGGAAUGAACGAAAAAUGUAGAAUGCACACAAAUAUAAGCAGCCUGUAUUCAAUGCCAUUUAUCUAAUUGCAUGAGAGCCGAUUGAGAAUCAAUACCUAUUUUACAACAUUAUAUGAUAAUAAUUACACAUUUACCCAGGAGAGCCACACGUACCAGUCAUUCUUAGCUAUUACUGUACUUUGUUGUUAUUGGCAGCGACUUAAAUUAGAAAGGUUUGGGCUGCGACACUGACGCAUAAUGGUGAAAAUCUUAAGAUAAUAUAGCUAAAUGUUGUGGAUUCACUCUUCAAACACACCGGUGGGCUGAAGAAGUAACUAAUUGGCGUUUUGUUAACGUGACACUUUUUUUACUGAUUGGCCGUGUCGGGUGGUGGGGGGUUGCGACACAUAAAGCGAUCAAACCCAAAAACCUUGAUUAUGAAUGAUACAGCUGUACAAGAUCUGUGUGCGACCUAUAACCAUGUGGCGGUGUGACCAAGGGCCAGCCCUCCGAGCUCAGUCCGAAUGGCCGCAUGUAUAAGUGCUGCCUCGCCAUUCGAGGUGCCCCCAGAUAAUUUUCACCCUGGCCUGAAAGAAUUACUCGCAGGACAGUUUGACAUCAGAAUAAAUGAUGAAUCUUGGGAUGACAAGUCGCAUUUCAUGGGCCGCUUGUAUAAAACACUUGAGGCACAAUUCCCUUGUUGUCGAGAGUGUCUUCAUCGAGAGGCACAUUUCCGUGACAUUUUCGUGACAUGGGGAGCACUUUCAUUGGAAUGUCUCCACUCGCGACAAUGGGGCAAUCCGGCAGUGUGAUGUGUUCGAGCCGUUUUGUCAAGUCGUGAAUUUGGCCUCCUUGAAGUGAAAAUUUCCCACGUCGUUUUAACAACAUAAGUGCGAAAAUAUAACCAAGGCGUUUCAUGCAACUUCUUGCCUUUCAUAUAUAUUGUACCAAUUUAUUUCUGAGAUGCACACGAUGCGUGUACACAUAUUCGGGUACACACAGAUGCAACGAUACCCGAGUCAGACUUGAACACACACUGGUACACGCCAAUCAAGCACACGUGCGCAGCUCCAAAUGAAUGCCUCACAUUUAAUCUCAUAUAAGCGGCGAAGGAAAUUCUUAUUUUUAUUUUCCUAUGUUCGUGUGUGUAAUGUUACGCAUGUCCUUCGACAUUAAUGUAUUUGCGGCAUAUAGAUGGUAUGACUUUUAAGAGUGUACCCAAGUAACAUUUUAUUAUUAAAUAUUACUUGGGUACACUUUUAAAAGACACACCCUGUACACAUAACAUAUUUUGUACCGUAUAAAUAUAUAAUUAUAUGCUGUAUAAAACCAUAUUUGUACACAUAUAUAAUUAUGUAUAUAUAUAUGUGUGAAUACUUUAUAACGUAGGCACAUGCUGAGGCACACAGAACACUUUUUUAAACACGUCAAAGCCUAAGAUUAUGUAAGCAUGUUAAUGGUGUAUUAUGAGCUUAUGUACAUAUUAACUUUGCAUUAAUUAUAACAUUAAUAUCUUAAUUACGCCACUAGAUAUUUUCACCAUGAAUGCAGUCAACAUGAAUUUGCAGAAUGACGAGACAUAUGACACGUUUCAAUAGUGUAAUUUAAACUCAGUUAUGUAGAUGAGUGCAUUUUGUGAGUUGCACGUAAAAUUGCAUUUGCCGAAGCUGUAUUCAUGGUAAAAAAUAUAUAUUCUAAUCAGUUGUAUCUAAGGGAGUAAAUACUAUGGGUGAAACGAGGGUCUGGUUGAAAUUCCAUUAUCACCAAAAUAAGAUACAGUACUUCAUUAUAUUUCAAAUUUCCACGAGUAUGUACAGAUGCCCUUCUCCUGUUAAGGACUCGGAACACGACGGCACAUGCUGCCAAUAUUUGCAUCCGGAAGUUUGUUUCCCUAAUAGAGAGGAGAUCAGCGGCGGCGGCAGCAGCAGCAGCAGACCACCACGUGUCCCCUCGCUGUAACGAUCUCCGUGGUGGGCUGUAAAAAAUACAGUGAAUAGCACAACAAGGAAUGCGUUGAAAUCUAACACGCAAACCUAAAGGAGAAUUCCGGGGAAUGUGAGUAUCCAUGAGUAGUCAGUUAUGGUUAUGAAACUUUGGUUUCUUGAAACAAUACAAUUCCAGAACGCAAAUGUGCCUUGGGAAUUGGAAAAAAAACUGCAGCGUGCCACAGAGAAACGCAUUAAGGAUGCAACAGCAUCCACCGUGCAUGCAUCAUGUUUAAUAUAAGAUUAGGGUCCUCAUUCAAAAUUUCAGUGCUCCUACCCUGGAGGAACCUCGUGUAUUUUAUAUAUAUAGCAACACCCCAAUCGUCCACUGAACAAGACACACCCACACACCACAGACGUUACGUCUCGGAUUUAUCAGUUAGGCGACCCUGACUGCUGUAUUCUCUCCGCCGCUGAAUUGGUUAUUCCGCUCGAUUAAGACGCUGACCCAAAUAUUAAAAAUAUCGAAAUGGAAAUGGUGUUGAUAAUCACAGCGGUAGCAACACACAAACGCGUUUUGUUUUUAAAACAAGACUAAGUGUAGAGAACAGGGCGCACACGGUGACAUCAGACCCAGAAGGGCUUUUGACGCAGCAGUGCAUGCGAGCUUCCCCCACGCUCCACUUCGCUGGAACCCGCUGUGCGUUUCUCACGACAUUUCUGGCGAUUCGGAUUUCAUCGUUAAACAUCCAUAAGUGGCUCGGUGGUCUGAAGUCAAAGAUUGGCACAAGCCGACUCGUGGCCCAGUGUUCAUUAUGCUGGGCCUCACACCAUCACUACCAGGGAAGGGCAUGGGUGCUUUGGCUGUGCCUGUAUACAAACCCUUAAAUCGUACUGCCAUUGGAAAUUGUAACCGAAGUAUAUGACAAGUGCAAUGAUGUGUAUUGCCGCGUGAUAGUUUUACCUCCGCUCAGUAAAGCUUCACUGACGCCUCAAAUUAUUUGGAAAAGGGAUAAUUUAGUAUCACCAUUUGUGGUUGUACAAUUUCUGCAUUGGUACACGCAACUCUAUUGCUGGCCCGCUAACAGAUCCGUGAAAUUAACCAUCUGCUGUGGAUAUUAAUAAUUCCUUAAAAUAACAGGCCAUUAAAACAAGCUUUCUGCAGAUCAGCAAAGUCAAAUUCCACAUACACUACACUUGUAGUUUAACAUUGCUUUGAUAACCUGGGAAAAUUUGCAACACUGAUCACAGCUAAACUUAUCAGUUAUUUUCAUUUUUUACAAAACCUUACCAGAAAGCUGUACAACAAUCUCUAUGUACUUUGAAAGAUGUAAACAAGAACCCACCACCAUCAAUGCUCGUGUCGCCACUACCACUACAUUGUAUCUGUCACCACCACUACCACCACGAUUACCAAAAACAUGUUAACAACCCACUAGGGUUGUUGAAUUGUUAUAUUUUUCAAGACCAAUAAUCGCAUGAAAAAUGGUCAAAACUGUGACCGGUUUGCCGCACAUAUUGAAAUGAAUUACAACUUAAAAUGUUUAACUCAGAAACGAAGGAAGCUGCCGUGACGUUACAUUCCAGAGGUUGCUCGUUUGACGCCAUGUCCCGGCACGGAAGUUUAAACAGGGAUGCACAUUCCUUAAAUUCCUCCCUCCCCCACCGCCUCUGUCCCGGUCGCGUGUUGGUGGGGUAAAGUGUGGGUACUUUCACCUUUACCAAUGUUUGGCCAGCAGGGCUGCACCUUUACCUCUUAAAAGAGAAACAAGGACACAUGUACCACGCGGUGACUGCGGUCUGCUGCUGGUGCCGUGCGAUUUGAGCUAUUCCUGACUUUCGGAAUCGGUAAUCAAUUCUUAAAACAAUUACCGGUUAACUGAUAUAUAUCAUUUAACAACCCCAUCCACAAACAACCACGAUCAAGGCCUCAAAGAACAUGUCUUCAUUGUGAAUAAGAGUCUCGUGGACAGCACAGCCACCUGUGCACACUGUCACAAGGAUGGCAACAUUGCCACAUUUAAGGGGAAUCGCUUCAAAGCUGUGGUCAGGCAGUGGUAGACAGUAUUUUAGAAGCAGGGAUUAUCUGGGAUACUGGGAGUUGUCGGGCCAUCAAACUACCAACAGUAUUCUGCUGAUACAAGCUGUGCCAAGUCUGCAGUGGCCGAAUUCCAGGGCCGGCUUACUGACCAAAUGGCUGGGUGCCCAGUCACCUGGACCAAUUGUGGCUGAUGGUGACUUGGGCUGCUAACAUGGCACAGAAACUGUCAUACGAAAUGCAGCAGCCAUAUAAAUUAGACAGAUUUCAACGAUAUGAAUUCAACUUGGCACAGCUACAGAUUCUCGAGUGCCAUUUCUCAGGCUUCUCCAUCUGGACCAUAUUUAAAUGUCUACCAGUGCAGUAUUCACCAUUCAAACGUCACAUUGCUUGCUUGCUUGGUAAACAUCACAUGAUGUACGAUGGGGAGGAAUGUGUUUAUUAAAACGUUUAUACAAUCCUUUGGCUUCAGAUUCUAGAACGGGGUUAGUGGUUUGUCUACUCUAAUCCUCCCAAUCCCCUUGAUGCAGGUCAACUUUCCAAGUCUACCAAUUAACAGACCCGCCGCAAAGACAGUUGCUUGUAAAGGCAGAAGAGAAACAUUGACAGACGUGAAAACCAGGACUGUGGCCGAAUAAAAAAAACAGGUUGGAAUGUGUGCAUCGCAAUGCUGACACUGUAUGCUGUGUGGCAGACAGUCCAUAAUAAUCAAGCUUCAUUUCCCGGAGAAGUACGCUGCCCAGCCCAGUCCAAGCAAUGCAGAGUUGUCUGGAUCAUGUUUUGUGUCAGUGAUACCAGGUGCCAUUGACCCGACUUGAGAUGAAAAAUACGGAGUGGCACAUUCUACAUUCUUGAAUCCAACUAAUCCAGGUUGUUCAUAUUGGUGGAAUGUUUUGUGUUAUGCGUAUAACAAGCCUCGUGUGUGUGUAUGUUUGUGUCUAAUCAAUUAAAGAACUGUAUAAUAUUAUUAUACCGUAAUACUUAAGAAUAUACGUAUUCACUACCCUUGAUUAAUGAUGACAUAGGUCCGCGCUUAAUUGAAGGCUAGGGGAACACUGUAUUUUUAUUUAUUUAUAUAAUUUUUAAAGGUUAGGCAUUUUGAACGUGACAAUUAUUUCGGUUUUCUAAGAAAGGCGGAGGGUAUAUUAAUGCCUUUGAGCUGCAAUUUGAAGCGUGAUUCACAAAUAAAAAAAACGUAUUGCAAACAACAGGACUCUAUAAAGUUCAGAAAUCCUGACCUUUAAAACUAAAGCUGUACCGCAGGAUUAAGUUAGCGGUGCUCAUUUGUAGGCAUUCCAUGGUCAAUGUAUGACUGUAGAUACUUUUUAAACAAACAUACAAAAAAAUGAAAAAAUAAACUCUUCUGCUUAAA